AUGGCCGCCCUCACCCCCGCCCAAAUCGCCAUCAUCAAAUCCACCGUCCCCAUCCUCCGCGAGCACGGCCCCGUCGUCGCCACCACCUUCUACGCAAACAUGCUCGCCGCCCACCCGGAGCUGCAAAAUUACUUCUCCCUGCGCAACCAGCAGACCGGCGCCCAGCAAAUCGCCCUCUCCAACGCCGUCCUCGCCGCCGCCAUCCACAUCGAGCGCCUGCAGGAAAUCGCCGGCGCCGUCGACCGCAUCGCCCAGAAGCACGUCUCGCUCUUCAUCCUGCCGGAGCACUACCCCAUCGUCGGCAAGUACCUCAUCGGCGCGUUCCAGCAGAUCCUCGGCGAUGCCUUCACUCCGGAAAUCAAGGACGCCUGGGUCGUUACCUAUGGUCUGCUGGCCGACAUCUUCAUCAAGCGCGAGGAGGAGCUGUACGCCGAGGCGGGCUGGCAGGGCUGGCGCGACUUCACCAUUGAAGACAAGGUCGACGAGGCCGAAAACGUCACCAGCUUCUACCUCAAGCCCGUCGACGGAAAGCCGCUGCCCGAGUUCCUGCCGGGCCAGUACAUCAGCCUGCAGAUCCCCAUCCCGGAGCUCAACGGCGUGUUCCAGAGCCGCCAGUUCAGCCUGAGCCUGUCUCCGCGCCAGAGCGCCGACCACUACCGUGUCACCGUCAAGCUGGAAAAGGACGGCCAGCAGCACACCGUCGAGGAGGUCGUCAGCGGCAAGGUCGCCGGCCUGGUCUCGCAGCGCCUGCACGAGCAGUACAAGGUCGGCGACGUCGUGCAGCUCAGCCCUCCCCACGGCGAGUUCACCUUCAGCGCCACCGCAACGCCUGCGUCCGCUCCCAUCGUGCUGCUCUCCGCCGGCGUCGGUGUUACUCCCUUGCUCUCCAUCCUCGAUACUAUCCUGGAGAGCUCCUCUCAGUCCUCUCGUCCCGUGACUUGGAUCCACGGAGCGCGACACUCUGGAGCCGUGACAUACGGCAAGUACAUCCGCGAGGCCGAAAAGAAGCACAGCAACCUGUCCACCAAGAUCUUCCUCAAGAACGUCCAGGAGGGCGACAAGAAGGGCCAGCAGUACGACUACGAGGGCCGCAUGGAUCUCGACGCUCUGGAAGCCGAUGGCGUGCUGCCCCUGAAAGAUGCCUCUGCCGAGUACUACAUCUGCGGACCAGAGGAGUGGAUGAUUCAGACCCGGGCUGGCCUGGAGAAGAAGGGUGUCAGCUUGGAGAAGCAGCACCUUGAGCUGUUCCGCACUGGAACCCUUUAA